AUGGAGACUGCAGUCGAUCUCGGUCGCAUAGAUUUGCAUUAUUUGGAUGUUAGAGAGCCGUGGGGAUACGAUCCACAUCCUGAGCAUGGAGUGCGGCCUUGCUCGGUGGCAUCUUUCUUCAUCAUGCAGGCCUCUGCGGCGCGCCACGCCGACGCGACUCGUGGCAUGGUGGCCGCCUCACCGAGACACAGAUUCAGUGCCGAUGAGACUGGUACAAAUGGAUCAAGUGCAGCUGUUGGAGCAGACGGGGGUCGAGGGACCACGGAGCACGCUCGACGCUGGGUGGAUAGGGGCUCCCGUGGCAGGAAGAGGAGUGGGGCGGGCGCUGCAGUGCAAGAGGAGGUUAUGGAAGAUCCGGAUGAGCUGAUGGAGGAGGUGACAGUGGCGCAAAGUAUCAUCAAGUACAAGGCGAUCCAGCCGGUGGCAGGAGGGGAGGUGGCGGUGGGGAUGGAGAUACUGGACGGCGAAUGGGAGGUGCUGCUCAACGCGCUAUUGGGGGGCAUCAGGGGCGCUGUGCUCUCGCCCCCUCCCGGCAAGCGCCACCUCUCCGUGAUUGGCUCUGCCAGGACGGUGGAGCUGGUGGCAUGGGGGGACUGCGCGAGUGGCGAUGGUGUGGAUGCGAAUGCAGCCAAUCAGAGUGGCGGUUCUUCUACUGGCCGUGAGUUUGGGAGUGAGCAUGAUAGGGUGCGUGGUGGCAUGCAUGGUGGUGAGCACGAUGGGGUGCGUGGUGGCAUGCAUGGUGGUGAGCACGAUGGGGUGCGUGGUGGCAUGCAUGGUGGUAAGCAUGAUGGGGUGCGUGGUGGCAUGCAUGGUGGUAAGCAUGAUAGGCUGCGUGGUGGCAUGCGUGGUGGUGUGCGUGAUGGAAUGUAUGGUGAUGUGCAUGGGGGUGUGGGUGAUGGCAUGCAUGGUGGAGUGCAUAGUGUGGUGAGUAGUGGGGUGUGCAUGGUGGCAUGCAUGUUGGCAUGCCAGUUGGCAUGCAUGGUGGUGUGCGUGGUGACAUGA